AUGAGCAACGCAAGAGACCUUAUGGCGCAAUUUGCAGCUAAAAAGGGCUUAAAGUUGGACAGUGAUACUGAAGCCCAAAAGAAAGCCGCCGAUUCCUUAAAUCGAUAUACCCGUACCCGUGACACUGAUACUUCUAAGACUGAAUCGACAUCAUCUCGUCGCACGAUAGACCCUUCUAAAGCAGCUGAAGAUGAACGUAAACGGAGAGAAGAAGAACGUGAGAAGGAGAGAGCCCGUCGUAAAGCUGAACGUGAAGAGGAAGCCCGACGUGAUGAAGAACGUCGGAAACAACGCGAAGAAGAGCGCCAGAAAGAGCGCCUUGCGCGGCAACAACAACGCGCGCAAGAGAAGUUAGAAGAAGAGCGUCUUCAGCGCGAGCGCGAAGAGCGCCGCGCCAAGUUGAAAGCGGAGAGAGAAGCGCAACAAGCCGCCGACGCCGAGAAAGAAAUCGAACGACAAAAGAAGUACGACUUGGAGCGCGAACAACGCCGAAAGCAACGGGAAGCCGAGCGGAAUAAGAUCGAUGUCUUAAAUGCCGAAGAAGUGACUCGACAAAAGGCCGACUAUUUGAAUCAAGCCACACUCAUCGAAGAAAAACAAAAGGUCUCCGACAAAGAAACACCACCAGAGAAUAAGACGGAAGAACUUAAGACUGAAAAGCUUGAAGAGAAAGAGCCAAAAGACGCUUCUAAGAUGAGCGUCGAAGUCAUCGAAUUGAAAGCGAUGAAUAAAAAGCUCAACGACCAAGUCAAGAGUUUGGAGGAAUUCAGAGCGAAAGCGGAAUUGGCGUCUGCUAAAUUGUCGAGAGAGUAUGGAACACAAAUAGAUGGACUUAAUAAGACCGUCACCGAUUUGACGACGGAGUUGGAGUUAUAUAGAGGAAAAUUAAGUGAGAAGCCGCUGUUUAAUACAAAAGUGCCGAGAGAACAACCAUGGCCCGAGGAAAUAGUUCAGCCCGAAUUGAAGGUUGGAGUACAAGCCGUUGGGAAAUGCGAGGACGAGUAUACAAUUGGGACUAUUCAAUACGACGAAGGACUCAAAUACGACUUUGGUAAAACCAAAUUCUAUAAGAAGGACGUCUUCUUGCCACCUCCAGUCAGUAAGGAACUCAUCGAGAAUUUGGUGAUGUUAAACAACAACUUGAAGGCAAGACAACAAGAAGUCGAUAAAGAACACAAGAAAUACGUUGAGGGGGUCGAGAGGGAAAUGAGAGAAUUAAGAGAGAAGUACGAGAAGAUGAGAGACUUGUAUGGGGCCGAUCUCUCAGAUAUGCAGAGCAACUUUAAUAAUAGAGUGUCCAAAUCGUUUGGACUUGAGUGUAAAAUGGCUGUUGAAGUUGCUGAAGGGAUUAAAGAUGUUAAGAAGUACGCAAGAUCGAAUGGGGUGGAUAGGUGGUACUCGUCACCAAGCAAACACGACGAUGAGAUGUGGGCGAAGUUAAAGAAUGGGAAUAACGGCAAUGUCGAUUACCCUGUCGGACGACACGAUUUCAAGGCUCGAGUAUUCCAGUUCUAUAGAUCCGAAGACAACGAAUUACUCUGUAAUGAACUCAGAGUGUUCAAACAAGAAGAUUUGAAUAGAGGGUGUGGGUAUAUUAUUGACACUUUCAAUGAAGUGUUUGUGUACUACGGAACAUCAGCUGGAUGUGUUGAAAGAGCUUCUAUUGCAAAGACCGCAUUGGCUUAUAACAAGUAUAGUCAAGACGGAAGAAGUAAGAACACACCAGUUGUCUUGUGUGAACAAGGCAGAGAACCAAUUAGAUUCCAAAUGCAGUUCAGUAAAUGGGAUCAAAAGAGGGCUGGGUAUCAAGACACUCAAGACAUAUUCACCGAUCGAGACAAACACUUCGAUUACGGCAAAUUGCUCAAACCAGACGAGUUGCCAAAUUGGGUGGACAGAAGUUGCCUUGAAAAUUAUUUGAACGAAGAAGAAUUUAAAGCAGUUUUCAAAAUGGAAAGAAGUGAGUUCAAUAUGCUCCCUCGUUGGAGAAAAGACGCCGAGAGGAGAAGAAGAAAGCUUUUCUAA